AUGCAAGAUGAUACCGACGUCGAUGCCCUUCCUGCGGUUCCCAGCGACACGUUCCAGCUGCGAGGCUACCAGGCUGAGAUGGUUGCAGAGAGCAUGAAAGACAAUGUCAUAGUCGUCAUGGACACGGGCUCGGGAAAGACGCAUAUAGCCAUCGAACGAACACGAGCGGAGUUGGAGACGUGCGAACCCGACAAUAUUGUCUGGUUUCUAGCACCCACAGUUGCACUCUGUGAGCAGCAAUAUGAAGUUUUCCAGUCUAAUCUACCCGGGUUCGGGUACCAGCUUCUUUGUGGGAGGGACGAUGUUGAGCUCUGGACAACCCAGGCAGAGUGGGACCGAGUACUCUUCAACGUUCGCAUAGUUAUCUCAACACACGCAAUACUACUUGAUGCACUCACGCAUGGCUUCGUCAGCCUGAGAAAGCUGGCUUUGCUAAUUUUUGACGAAGCGCACCAUUGCACGUUGAAGCACCCAGCCAAUCUGAUAAUGUCUGAUUUCUAUAUGCCUCAAGUAAGGAAUGGUGACAAACUAUUACCUAAAAUCCUUGGCUUGAGUGCGAGCCCGGUCAUGAAAGCAUCGGCUAGUGCGCAAGGCCUUCAGCAAAUUGAACAGAACCUAAACGCGACCGUAAAAACACCAAAACUGCACAGGUCCGAACUUAUACGGCACGCGCAUAGACCAGAGCUACUGCAAAUCACCUACUCUCCGAACGCCCCGAGCCAGGAACACUCUCAUCUGCUCCUUGCAUUGCAGCAUGUAUACCGCACCUAUGAUCUUGCAAAAGAUCCAUACGUGAUCGCAUUGUUGGAGCAACAAAGGAAUGGCUUCGAUGUCUCUCGCCAACUGACCAAGUUAUGGAACAGUCAGAAGACCUAUUGCCACGAUCAAUUGAAACAGCUAGUGUCCAAAGCUGAAACAAUGGCAGAAGAGCUUGGAAUCUCUGCUAUGGAGUAUUACCUACACCAAUGCAUAAUCAAGUUCGAGAAGAUGACCCGCGGCUCAGAGCAGCAGCUACUGGAUCUAACUAUCAGCGAGAAGCAGUAUCUCUUGAACAUAUUCCAGAGUCUUCCCCUCCAGGACCCUAUGCCUAUACCUGCUACCAUCAUCGAGAAGUCGUCUCACAAAGUCAACAAGCUUAUCGACACUUUGCUCGCGGAAGCCAAUGGUACCCCGGGCUUUACCGGCCUUGUGUUCAUUGAGCAGCGGGUCUGGGUAGCAUCGCUCGCCGAGAUCCUAGCGUGCCAUCCGCGAACUAAGGAUCUGUUACGGGUAGGCACAUUCGUUGGUACAUCGCAGUCAACCAAGCGUAAGGCAAACAUAUGCGCUUUGGCAGAACCAAAAAACCAGCAAACCACGCUCGAUGACUUUCGCGCUGGUGUCAUCAAUCUCGUUCUAGCCACAACUGUACUGGAGGAAGGUAUCGAUGUAUCCAGCUGCCAUCUCGUUGUAUGUUUCGAAAGGCCCAAGAACCUGAAAAGCUUCGUUCAACGACGCGGAAGAGCAAGGCAACAGAAAUCGCGUUAUCUCAUCUUCGUGCCAGACACUGGGGAUACACGGUCGACGGCGUCCUGGCAGUCGCUUGAGACCGAGAUGAGGAGAGCGUACGAAGACGAUAAGCGUCGAGUUCAGGUAGCGCAAGAAGCAGAGCAGAUAAAUGAGGUCGGAGAGCGCUACUUCAGGGUUCCAAGCACUGGUGCCUUAUUGACCCUAGAUAACGCUUCUCAACAUCUCCACCACUUCUGCGCUCGUCUAGGAAACAGUGCUUACGUCGAUACACGACCAGAGCUUGAAUUCACAAACAACUACGGCCAAAUCACCGCCGAGAUCACAUUGCCACUUUCUGUUAACCCCAAAGUGAGGAAAGCCAAAAGCUUGGAGACGUGGAGAACAGAGCGCAUGGCUCAAAAAGAUGCUGCCUUUGAGGCAUACAAGGCUUUGUACUCGUAUGGAUUGGUAAACGAGAAUCUCCUCCCUGUACAAGAUGAGAAAGACGAGGCAGCACAAUAUCAGAUCCCGGACGAUCGCCCAUCUCUUGUGCCCGUUUCCCCAACCCUCGAUCCUUGGUCUACUGUCGCGCAGUCUUAUCAACACGAACCUGAUAUAUGGUACCGUACCUUGAUUGAGGCGAAGGCGCCGGGAGAGGAGCCGAUGCGUAUGAUACUACUGACUCCAGUCGUCAUGCACGACGUUUCUGAUAUACUGCUACACUGGAAUGAAUCAAAAAGGUACACAGUUACGAGCUCCUAUCUGUAUGGUAGAUCACUGGCCGAUAUCGACACGAACCUGCUGCGCUCUAUCACCUGGAAGAUUUUGCACUCAGUCUUUGGAGUCCAUAUCAAAGAAGGAGUUGACGACUUUCUCUGCCUACUUGCUCCGUGUGACUCAUCAGGUUAUAUGAUGACCGAGAAUGGACUUCGCGAAUGGCAUGCGACGACAGAGGGCCAACAAUCAGCAUCCGAACUUCUGGUGCAAGGGAACCUUGACACAACGAGCUGGGGUCUGACUAUACAGCAAGGAGACGCUCGGAAAUUUAUGCCUAUGGCCAUCGAAUCCUCAGGUUCUCCGGGUUGCUCGGGGGUGAAUGAAACCCUGAUACAAGCUGUACGAUUGCCUAAGCGUAGAGACUUCCUACAUCCAGUAUACCAAGAUGCAAAUAAGAACGACGCAUACACUAAAGUCGAGAGUCUUUUAGCCUCAGGAUGUAUCGUCGACAAUCUUCCCGCCAGAUAUGCUAUCCUCGCUUUGUUGUUUCCAUCGAUUUUGCACAAGCUUGAAGUAUAUAUGAUCGCAGAUACACUUCGAACGACGCUUCUCAAGCCAGCCAAGUUUGAGGUAUUAGACCUUCCCGUCAUCGUCACAGCACUUACUUCAUCCGCUGUCGAUGGACACAACAAUUACCAGAGAAUGGAAUUCCUGGGGGACUGUAUCUUGAAGUUUGUGGCUUCUCUCCACCUGAUGGCCGCAAAUCUCCUCAUGCCAGAGGGUAUGCUGACAGGGAAGAAAGGUAAGCUUGUCAGUAAUGGAUAUCUGGCACGAGCCACACUAGCUGCAGGUCUCGACAAAUUCAUCUUUUACAAGCGCUUCACAGGCGCAAAGUGGAAGCCAAGAUACAUUGGUCAGACACUCACUGACACGGCGCCACCAAUCAAGCAAGAGAAGUCAUCGAAAUUGAUCGCUGACGUUAUAGAGUCGCUCAUUGGCGCCUCGUACCUUGUCGGGGGUUUCUCAAAAGCUUUUGGGUGUAUGCAGGCUCUCCUACCGCUAGAGAAAUGGACGUCUAUCCCGGAAGCAAACGAGAUACUCUAUAACGCCGCUCCUUCUGAAGACACGGGAUCGAACUUGGUGUUGCUUGAGAAACUACUUGGUCACACGUUCAACAAGAAAGAGCUCCUACUUGAGGCACUCACGCACCCCACGUUCCGUGGUCCCAACAUCCAUUGCUCAUACGAACGGUUCGAGUUCUUGGGUGACGCGGUUCUCGACUAUAUCAUUUCAAAGCGGCUCUAUGCUCACGAGUCAAAUCUCCCACAUUGGAAAAUGCAUGGUGUCCGCACGGCAAUGGUCAACGCGGCAUUCUUGGCAUAUUGUAUGUUCGAGACUACGAUAGCCGAGGAGUUGACAAACAAGGCAACCCUUGAGCCAGAGGUAAAUCAAAGAGCUUUAUGGCAGUUCCUCCGAUCGUCGAGCCCGGAACUUAUCGCUGCACGAACUGUAGCUUUACGACAACAUGCCGAAACACGGGAUUCGAUCGCAAUGGCCCUAAGGCAGGACAAUCGCUUUCCGUGGCACGCGCUUUCACUCACUGACCCGCCGAAGUUUCUUUCUGAUAUAGUAGAAAGCGUUAUCGGCGCCCUGUACAUUGAUUCUCAUGGCUCCAUCCCCGUCUGUGAAGACUUCGUCCGUCGUCUCGGUAUUUUGCCCUGCCUCGAACGUAUCCUACGUGAUGGUGUAGACUGUUGGCAUCCGAAAGAGCGAAUCAACACCCUUGCGGCCGAUCAGGGUAUCAAGUAUGUUCGCAUCACGAGCGACCGAGAAGGUGAUAAAAACGGGGCGAACGGCUCCGAGAAAGGGUACAAGGUGCAGGUUCGCAUUGGCGGAAAGGAUGUUGGAGGCGUGGUCGAGGGAGUCAAGAGGUUACAGACUGAGACUAUCGCUGCCUGGAAGGUUAUCGCGCUGCUCGAAGGCGGAGCUACUGAUGACGUGCCUCUGGAAACUGACGAAAAUGAUGAGGAUGACGAAUUUUUCGAUGCUGAGGACGGCGGUGGAAUCAUGCUGGAGGAUGUGUUCGCGAGUACAAAUGGGCUCACGCUGGAAGAUCAGUGA